AAAAUCCAAGUGCCACCUCUAUUCUUCGUAAGCGAGGAGCAAAAAAUGACAGCCUUUGAAGAAUUACCGGAAGGGUGCAUCGCGGCUGUACUCUCCAGUACAACUCCAGUCGACGCCUGCAGACUCUCCUUCAUUUCCAAGAAUUUUCUUUCUGCGUCCGAUUCCGACGCUGUAUGGAAUCGCUUUCUCCCUUCUGAUAUCUCAUCUAUCAUCUCACAGUUUCCUUCCCUGUCCAACAUUCCUACCAAAAAAGAUCUCUAUAUUGCUCUAUCUGAUCGCCCUAUCAUCAUCGACAAUGGUAAAAAGAGUUUUCAAUUGGAGAGAAAGAGUGGAAAGAAGUGUUAUAUGCUUUCUGCUAGAUCUCUUGCCAUUACUUGGGGUGAUACUGACCAAUAUUGGAACUGGACUGUGAUGCCGGAAUCCAGAUUUCCUGAAGUUGCCGAACUUCUUCAUGUGUGUUGGCUUGAAAUUCGUGGGAAGUUAAACACCCUUGCCUUGUCCCCAAAUACUCGGUAUGUAACUUAUCUUGUGUUCAAGAUGAUCAAUGCCUAUGGAUUUGAGUACUUUCCUGUGGAGUUAUCAGUUGGUAUCGAAGGUGGCCAUAGUAGCACUAAAAUUGUCUGUUUAGCGGAUCCAAAUGCGAGACGUAGGCACCGUAGCAGAAUUAUAGUUACGGAGCCCAACAGAGUAUUAAGAUUGCAACGUCCUAAUGUGAGAAGCGAUGGCUGGUUAGAGAUUGAGAUGGGAGAGUUCUUCAUUUCAGGCCUAGAAGAUGAAGAAGUCCAAAUGAGUGUUAUUGAUAUAAAGGGUGGUCAUUGGAAGAGAGGUUUCUUUGUUGAAGGAAUAGAAGUUAGGCCUAAGGAAGACCAUUAGGCAACAUUCCAUGAACUAUGCAUAGGUUUGUGUCUUGGAUAGCAGACCAGUGUUUAAAGAUUUGAAGUCUCCGCUUUUCAUCAUAUUAUGUGACAUAUAUUCUUGUUCUAAACCGUCUCUUCGUGAAGUGUAUGAAAUAGUAAUAUUGCUUAUUGUAAAUAUAUUAUAGCAGUUAAUUAUAUAUUGAGAUAAGUGUGUUUUAGAUAUUUCAACUAUAUUUUGUAAUGUAAUAUUAAUUUGCUGACAUUUUUUUGUUUGAAA